AUCUUUCUUUCCCUGUAUAUACAGACUUAUCUUAUACAUCUGCAAUAUCUGCAUGUAACCGAUGUCUCACUCUCACAGGUGGCAACCACACACACCUAUAGAUCUCACAUGUUGUGGGACAUUGGUUUAUAUACAACCAUUACAAAAGAUACUACAGUUAAACCACGAGAGUCCUAUGCUAUGAUGAGAAAUGUGAACUAAAAUAGAUAGUAACAGAUAGUCCCAAAAAACACACACACCCAGGAUAUGAAAAUUGCUAGCAUUGGCAAUGUUUGUUUUGUUUUGUUUGCUAAAAUACUCGGGCAUGUCUAUUCCAAUGCCAUGUUCUUACGGAUUCUGGUUUUUUCCUAGGACCCACUGGAACGUACCUUAGGAGUGAUGUAUUUGCAACUUUACUCCUACCCUUCAAUUUGUAUGUCCGUAGGCCAUUGCUGAAAGUGAAGAGAACAUAAUGGUUGGAUCAAAGGAAGCAAAUUUUCUUGGCUUCAAAGCUAGGAACUUUAUCCCUUCUUGACUACUUCACUUUCGUAAUAAAGUGGCUUACAAAGAAGACACCUUAGACAUUGAUGCUUAUAAAUGUGUGGUCCAUGAAAUGUGCAUAAUGUGGCUUUUUUAAUCAAAACCAUGGAUACCCAGAUGAGAAAUUUUGGGCUAAAAUUUUUUUCUUUGGUGACCAUUUUUAUGAUUCUUAUUCAAGUUUCAAGUUCCACGGUGGCUGAUUCCAGCGGAGAUGAGCAAUUGGAAACCAUGGUGGAGGAAGAUGAAAAUGAAUUAGCGUACUCUAGCAGAACUCAUGGGAGGACUGAUGAGCUGGGAGCCAUGGAAGAUGAUCCAUGGCUAAUGGUGCAGAAGAAAGGGAACCAAUUUGUUGUUAAUGACCAACCUUUCUAUGUAAAUGGAUUUAACACUUACUGGUUGAUGGUAUUUGCGGCGGAUCAAUCCACAAGAGGAAAGGUCUCAGACCUGUUCAAGCAAGCAUCUUCAGCGGGUCUAACAGUUUGCAGGACUUGGGCAUUUAAUGAUGGACAAUGGCGAGCUCUUCAGAAAUCUCCAUCAGUUUACGACGAAGAAGUUUUCAAGGCCUUGGAUUUUGUGGUGAGUGAAGCAAAGAAAUACAAGAUCAGGCUCAUAAUGUCACUAACUAACAACUGGGAUGCAUACGGUGGCAAAGCACAAUAUGUAAAAUGGGGAAAAGCUGCUGGCCUGAAUUUAACUUCGGACGAUGACUUCUUUUCUGAUCCAACACUCAGGGGCUACUACAAGGCGCAUGUUAAGACAGUACUUAAUAGAGUCAAUACACUCACAAGUAUAACUUACAAGGAUGACCCCACAAUUUUUGCUUGGGAAUUGAUGAAUGAGCCUCGAUGCACCUCAGAUCCCUCUGGUAACAAACUUCAGGAAUGGAUAGGAGAAAUGGCGGUCUAUGUGAAAAGCAUUGAUCCAAAACACUUGGUGGAGAUUGGAUUGGAAGGAUUUUAUGGUCCUUCAACACCUAACAGAGUUCAGUUCAACCCAAAUACAUAUGCUCAAGAAGUCGGAACUGACUUUGUCAGGAACCAUCAGGUUCUUGGUGUUGAUUUCGCUUCUGUUCACAUUUAUGCAGACUCAUGGGUGUCACAAACAAUAACUGAUGCCCAUCUGCAAUUCACAAAGUCAUGGAUGGAAGCCCACAUAGAAGAUGCUGAGAAAUAUCUCGGGAUGCCUGUUGUGUUUGCUGAAUUUGGUGUAUCUACAAAGGACCCUGGCUACAAUGUGUCAUUUCGGAACACCCUUCUCAGCACAGUGUAUCAGACCAUCUUGAACUCUACAAAGAAUGGAGGGAGUGGGGCUGGGAGUCUUUUGUGGCAGCUUUUCCCUGAAGGGACAGACUACAUGGAUGAUGGGUAUGCAAUUGUCCUAUCAAAAUAUCCUUCAACAUCAAAGAUCAUAUCCGUUCAGUCUGUAAGACUUUCGAAGUUCAACUCACUGUGUUCUUGGAAAUGCCGUUGGGGUUGCAAGAAGAAGCAUGCAUUGGAGACAUCCGUCUACCAUGAUGAUCUGUAAAUUUAAACAUGAAAAAGAAAAGGCCCAAAUAUGGUGGGAAAAGAAAACAGAUUGAUUACAGUGAUAUCAAUCAGUAUGUAAACGCAACGACAUGAAUAUGGACUUGAAUUUUGAAAACGUUGUACAAAUAGGGAGAAAAAAUAUAUAAGAAUAAGAAUUGCUUGCGUCAUUCUUCAUUUUCUGUUAAAUCAAUGGCAUUGUCUGCAGCAUAGUUAUCGCAUUACUAUGGCUCUGCCACCAGUCGUGCCAUCUCAGACUACAAGCUAUCAGAAUUACUAUCCUUUCUCCCUUAACUA